GGAAAUCGAGCAAAACAACGAAAGUGAAAUGAUGUUUUGGCCGUGAGGAUCGAACAGGGAAAUUCUACGAUCUGUAGAAGUAAUGGCGGCGCAUCGCAGAUUCAAUAUCCCUCUGCAUUCCAACGAUGCGUUGAAAACAAUGAACGAUCUGCGAAGGAAAGGCGAGUUAUGCGAUGUCGUUCUUCAUGUUGAUGGCAGGCAAUUUCCCGCGCAUAGAAUCGUCCUUGCAGGAGCAAGUUCUUACUUGCGUGCCAUGUUUACAAAUGGUAUGUUGGAAAGUGGCAUGAAAGAUAUUAAAUUGCAAGGAGUUGAAGCAAGUGUCAUGGAGGGAUUGCUGGAUUUUGCGUACACUGGAGCCAUCGAUGUGACUGUGGAGAACGUGCAAGCGUUAUUAUCCGCCGCUUCGUUAUUAAAUCUUCAGAGUUUAAGAUCGGUUUGUUGUGGUUUUCUUCAGACACACCUAGAUGCGACAAAUUGUCUCGGUAUCCGAGCAUUUGCAGAUCUCUAUUCCUGCUCAGAACUUGAAGAAGCUGCUUAUCGCUUUGUCCGUCAACACUUCUUGGAUGUAGCGAAAGGGGAGGAAUUCUUACAACUGCCAAAACAAGCUUUGCGGAAUCUUUUACGGGAAGACCUGCUCCAGGUUCGCUCUGAGAAUCAAGUGUUCGAGGCGGUGGAGGCGUGGAUUUUGCAUGAUUUCUGUCGACGAAAGGAUUAUGCAGUUGAGCUUUUAAGUAACGUAAGACUUCCUCUUCUAACGCUCGAAUUUCUUGAAGCCCGAGUUUUUCCUUCGAAGAUUAUCAAGAACAAUGCGGAUUGCCAACUGUUAUUGGCUAAGGUUCUAAACGAGAGUGCACGCAACCUCCCUCGUUACAUGACAUUACCACGAGCUCAGCCACAAGCUGUUUAUGUCAUAGGUGGUCGAAAUGGUGUUGAUUGUCAGCUGUCAAGCUUAGAAAGAUAUGACACUCUAACAAAUCAGUGGAUUAUGCUGCAAAACAUGAAAUAUCCCAGAACUGCAGUUGGUGCCUGUAGUCUCAAUGGUUUGCUAUAUGUGGUGGGUGGUGAAUGUGCUGUUAGUGCCCCACAUGACGACACUAUGUAUGUGCGACAUGUGGAGUGCUAUGACCCGGCAGUAAACCAGUGGAUUUCGCUCGCUGACAUUGCUAUUCAGAGGUCAUUCAUUGCAGUGACGGCAUUAAAUGGUUAUCUGUACGCCCUUGGAGGUGAAGACAGAACUUGUAGUUAUAACUACGUCGAGAGAUAUGACCCCAAGACUGACCACUGGAGUACAGUGCAGUGUAUGCGAAGGAAGAGAUCGGGGGCAGGAGUGGCUGUUUGUGAUGGGAAGCUGUACAUUGCUGGAGGUUAUGACAGAGGUGUGCAUAGUGAUAGAGCAAGUGUUGAAUGCUAUGACCCUGACACAGACACCUGGACCUUUGUAACUGAACUAGAAAAAGCACGCUCUGGUAUGUCAUUAGUAGCUGUCAACAACUACCUGUACGCUCUUGGAGGCCGAAACAGAAGCACAGAUCAUUACUUUGAUCUCGCUGAAAGGUACAACACACAGACACAUCAGUGGCAGCCAGUUGCACCUCUGAACACGCCAAGGGCUUGGCCAUCUGUGGCGGUGUACGACAACAAGAUUUUUGUAUUGGGUGGAUUUGAUGGUGCGCAUAGGCUUUCCAGUGUUGAGGUGUAUGAUCCUGAUAAAGAUACAUGGCGUUUUGUGCAGGACAUGAACAUUUGUCGCGCAGGUUGUGGUGCAGCAGUGUUGUAUUUUCAAGUUGCAUUUAACCUGUCAGUAGUGAUUGCUGGAAAUGUGCUUUGUAUAUUCCGAUCGAACAGGGAAAUUCUACGAUCUGUAGAAGUAAUGGCGGCGCAUCGCAGAUUCAAUAUCCCUCUGCAUUCCAACGAUGCGUUGAAAACAAUGAACGAUCUGCGAAGGAAAGGCGAGUUAUGCGAUGUCGUUCUUCAUGUUGAUGGCAGGCAAUUUCCCGCGCAUAGAAUCGUCCUUGCAGGAGCAAGUUCUUACUUGCGUGCCAUGUUUACAAAUGGUAUGUUGGAAAGUGGCAUGAAAGAUAUUAAAUUGCAAGGAGUUGAAGCAAGUGUCAUGGAGGGAUUGCUGGAUUUUGCGUACACUGGAGCCAUCGAUGUGACUGUGGAGAACGUGCAAGCGUUAUUAUCCGCCGCUUCGUUAUUAAAUCUUCAGAGUUUAAGAUCGGUUUGUUGUGGUUUUCUUCAGACACACCUAGAUGCGACAAAUUGUCUCGGUAUCCGAGCAUUUGCAGAUCUCUAUUCCUGCUCAGAACUUGAAGAAGCUGCUUAUCGCUUUGUCCGUCAACACUUCUUGGAUGUAGCGAAAGGGGAGGAAUUCUUACAACUGCCAAAACAAGCUUUGCGGAAUCUUUUACGGGAAGACCUGCUCCAGGUUCGCUCUGAGAAUCAAGUGUUCGAGGCGGUGGAGGCGUGGAUUUUGCAUGAUUUCUGUCGACGAAAGGAUUAUGCAGUUGAGCUUUUAAGUAACGUAAGACUUCCUCUUCUAACGCUCGAAUUUCUUGAAGCCCGAGUUUUUCCUUCGAAGAUUAUCAAGAACAAUGCGGAUUGCCAACUGUUAUUGGCUAAGGUUCUAAACGAGAGUGCACGCAACCUCCCUCGUUACAUGACAUUACCACGAGCUCAGCCACAAGCUGUUUAUGUCAUAGGUGGUCGAAAUGGUGUUGAUUGUCAGCUGUCAAGCUUAGAAAGAUAUGACACUCUAACAAAUCAGUGGAUUAUGCUGCAAAACAUGAAAUAUCCCAGAACUGCAGUUGGUGCCUGUAGUCUCAAUGGUUUGCUAUAUGUGGUGGGUGGUGAAUGUGCUGUUAGUGCCCCACAUGACGACACUAUGUAUGUGCGACAUGUGGAGUGCUAUGACCCGGCAGUAAACCAGUGGAUUUCGCUCGCUGACAUUGCUAUUCAGAGGUCAUUCAUUGCAGUGACGGCAUUAAAUGGUUAUCUGUACGCCCUUGGAGGUGAAGACAGAACUUGUAGUUAUAACUACGUCGAGAGAUAUGACCCCAAGACUGACCACUGGAGUACAGUGCAGUGUAUGCGAAGGAAGAGAUCGGGGGCAGGAGUGGCUGUUUGUGAUGGGAAGCUGUACAUUGCUGGAGGUUAUGACAGAGGUGUGCAUAGUGAUAGAGCAAGUGUUGAAUGCUAUGACCCUGACACAGACACCUGGACCUUUGUAACUGAACUAGAAAAAGCACGCUCUGGUAUGUCAUUAGUAGCUGUCAACAACUACCUGUACGCUCUUGGAGGCCGAAACAGAAGCACAGAUCAUUACUUUGAUCUCGCUGAAAGGUACAACACACAGACACAUCAGUGGCAGCCAGUUGCACCUCUGAACACGCCAAGGGCUUGGCCAUCUGUGGCGGUGUACGACAACAAGAUUUUUGUAUUGGGUGGAUUUGAUGGUGCGCAUAGGCUUUCCAGUGUUGAGGUGUAUGAUCCUGAUAAAGAUACAUGGCGUUUUGUGCAGGACAUGAACAUUUGUCGCGCAGGUUGUGGUGCAGCAGUGUUGUAG